UCAGCUAAACAAACGAGUUGGACGGUCGAAGUUGGGACAAUUUGUGGAAUAUAUCGUAUUCUUUCGUCAUUAACUCUAUUCAGAUUGAAGAUUAGCUUGAAAUAGAUUUUUGAGACCUAACAUAUAUCUCUAUGUUGUAUAGAGCCACAUUUACAACUUUACUAAGCGAGACUGAGGAGACGGUAAAAUCAAGUCAGCCAGAAAUUCUGAAAGGAACUCAAUCUAUUGGGAAAUUCGGUGAAAGAAGAUGAUUUUUGCUAAUACUGGAAAUCCUUUGAGGAAUACACAUCGUAAUAAGCAGCCCCCGACAGGCCCCUCCUCGCACCCCAUGGCUCCCCCCAGCCCCAGCACCAACAGCAGCAGCACCACCAACAACAGCAGCAGCAACAGCAGCACGGCGGGCUGGGAGCAGCUCAGCAAGACCAACCUGUACAUCCGGGGCCUGCCCCCCAGCACCACGGACGACGACCUGGUCAAGCUCUGCAGGCCGUAUGGCAAAAUCGUAUCCACAAAGGCCAUCCUGGACAAGACGACAAACAAAUGCAAAGGCUAUGGCUUUGUGGACUUUGACAGCCCAGCCGCCGCCCAGAAGGCCGUCACAGCCCUGAAGACCAGCGGGGUGCAGGCCCAGAUGGCUAAGCAACAAGAGCAGGACCCCACCAACCUGUACAUCUCCAACCUGCCGCUGUCCAUGGACGAGCAGGAGCUGGAGAACAUGCUGAAGCCCUUCGGCCAGGUCAUCUCCACGCGGAUCCUGCGCGACUCCAACGGUGCCAGCCGUGGGGUGGGGUUCGCCAGGAUGGAAUCCACAGAGAAGUGUGACGCUGUGAUUAAUCACUUCAACGGCAAGUUCAUUAAAACUCCACCUGGAGUCCAAGGCCCCUCUGAGCCCUUGCUGUGCAAGUUUGCUGAUGGUGGGCAGAAAAAGCGCCAGAGCCAAAACAAAUAUGUCCAGAACGGCCGUGGGUGGGGACGCGAUAGCGAGGCCCGACUCGCCGGAAUGACUCUGACAUACGAUCCCACCACAGCUGCUAUGCAAAACGGGUUCUACCCAGCUCCAUACAGCAUUGCUAACAGGAUGAUCGCACAGACAGCCAUGUCUCCCUACAUCUCACCUGUGUCCACGUACCAGGUUCAGAAUCCAUCCUGGGUGGCUCACCAGCCCUACAUCAUGCAGCACCCGGGAGCGGUGCUAUCGCCCUCUAUGGACCAUUCUCUGUCACUGCAGCCCUCGUCCAUGAUGAACCCCCUGACGCAGCAGAUGAGCCACCUCUCCCUGGGCAGCACGGCGGGAACGGUGAGCCACAGACCUCUGGGUCGGAGCCCACACCACACCUCCACCACCACCGCACGGUACAUGGCUGCCAAUACAGCUAUGCAAGGAGCCUACAUCCCACAGUAUGCGCACAUGCCCACCACAGCCGUCUCCGUGGAGGAGAACAGUGCACAACAACAGGUGGAGUCAUCAGGGGACCAUUCCCAAUACACCUACCAGCAAAACAAGUGAUGAGGAGCUAUGACUGAGGAAGAAGCCCAAGGGAGUUGUUUGGGUUGGUGGAGGAGUUGGAGAGGGGAGAAGAUGGCUGAAACAAUCAUGGCCUCCUGAGAUGAUUCUGACGUCUGGACACAGCACCCGCGUUGCACAGGUUUCAAACAGUGACUCAAAACUCUGACAGCAUUUUUUUCCACUUGUGCAAAACUGUGUAUGAUUUGAAAUUCAUCAAAGGAUGCUAAUUCUGACAAAAAAAAAUAUUGAGGAGGAAGAAAAAGGAAAAAAAAGUUCUAUUUUAUUAUUAUUAAAAAAAGAUGUUUUUUUGUUUGUUUGUUUUUUACUUUCAAUCGUCACAUGAAUUUGCAAAGGACUCUGGUGGGCAUGUGACACGGUGUCUAAGAUGCAUGAGAGUAACAUUAUCUGUUGUUCAUAAUUAUUUUCUAUGACUUUUAAUUUUUUCUUUCUUUUUCCUCUUUUUUUUGUACUAAAAAUAGAUGUGUAUGUGUGAGUGUGUGUGAGAGAGUGGGUGUGCGUGUGUGUGUGUGCAUGUCCGUGCGCGUGAUCAGAAGAGUUUUUAGCCAGACACCCUGAAAAAAAAAGCUGUUUUUGUGCUUGCCGUGUGAUUGAUUGUUGCUAUGGUGAUGUGUUACUUGUCUUUGCUUGUGAAGUGUGUUUUUGUCUAGAUUUUUUUUGUUUUUGUCUUUUUUUCCGUCUUUAUCAUACAAUUUGCCUUAAAUUUUUUCACACUAUAGCUGUACAGGCAACCUCUGGAGCUAGCAGAAGAGCAGGAGACAGCAGCUUUAAAAUGCUCUUGCCUUGUAGAUCAGCAGACUUAGGGCUUGUCUAUAGGAUUUUAGCUGAGCAGACUCGCUGUGGUUUUAACUUGUCAUUGUUUUUAAUUUCUCUCCUUUUGAUUUGUGUAGUGUUCUUCUCUUUUUUUAGAUGAUUGAUGAUGAUUCGUGUGUUUGUUGCUUUGUGUUUUUAAGUAUGUAAUAUAAUGUAAUGUUAAUAUAAUCGGGAGACCUCUUGGCCUUCUGGUUGUUUGAAUGUGGUAGAAGUUCUGCUGAAAGAUCACAUUUGAAUCUUGCCUUUCUAGAUUACUUGGUGUUGUAGAUUUAGCUUGACUUUUUGGGGUAGGGGAUGAGGGUUCACUUUGGUUUGGAGACUUUUUUUUUUUAAAAAGAGGGAUCAUCCUCUUGUCAUUUGGCGCGGGCAGUUUUUUUGUUUUGUUUUUUCUUUCGAGUGUUUUUAAGUUGAGAUGUAAAUCAAACUUGGUCGUGUGGUUUUGUAACAGAGCCUUCCAUUGCACCCUCUGCAAAAAGUUCAGUGGAGCUAAAGAUGAAAGUAGAGGAGUAUGUAGAUUUUAGAGCAUCUAAAGUUUCUUUUAAUAGGAAGCUAAAAAAAACUUGGCACUUUCAACUGAAGUUUACUUCACCAAAGACAGUGAACUAGUAAAUAAUGGCAAACCGUGAGAUUGGGUUAUUGUGCAUUUUUUUCCUUCUUCUCGUGAAAAACAGGAUAUUAUUAUACACUUUUUACAGGCCUCGGUCGCAGUUUGGAGAAUGUGCCUUUUUUGUACAUUUGCAUUCAGUCGUCUGUAGUUGGAGAGCGAACACAAACACGGGAGGAAGCGCAUGACUGUAGGUCUGGAUCCAACAAGUGCCAUGGCAGUUUCAUCACUACAGACACUAAUGUUAUUAUUCAUAACAUUUACGUGUAAAGGAAACCAACACAGAAGAGAAGAUGGUUUAAAAACUGAAAUAAAAAAGAGGGCAAGGAUGAAUUUUGCAAAGGCAUCAUGCAACAUUAGUACCACAAACAAAGAAAAAUCUAUUCAGGCAUGAUAAGACUUCUCAACAGCAACAACAACAAAAAAGCUUUCAACAUUAAGUUUGUCUUCCAAUCUUCCAAAAAAAAAAAGACUGUUUUAUUUUUUUAUUUCAUUUUUUUUUACCUGGUGGUCGAACUGACCGGUUAUAUCUACCUCAGAGUUUCUUUUUUUCCUCUCCUCUGUUUUUUUUUUGCCGGCCGGGUUAGCAGGUCCAGCCCGGUCCCUCAGACCAAACGGCGCGCUCAGGAGCUGGCCCAGACACAGCUGUUUACUUUCAGGUCGUUAUUUUUAUUUCCUUCUACCUUUUUUGUUUUGAUUUGUUUUUAAAUGAUUUCAUUCGUGUUUCUCUCUUUCUUCAAAGUUUUUUUUUUUUUUUUAAGAAAACGUGAUUGAUGACAUACGUAUAUUAUUAUCAUUAACAUUGAGGAACAUUGUGCAUUGAGCGUGGGUUUUUUUCUCCUUUCAUUUUUUUUGUUUCCUAAAAAAAGGUUUGUGUCUAGACAUUCAGUUUCAUCGUUUCGAAAACUUCAAAAACCAAUGAGGAAGAGGAGAGACAUACUGCUGCUUAAACUCAUGAAAUGAACGACGUAGUAUAUAGUAUCUUAUCCCAGUAGCUGAAUGAAGUCCAGAAUCCAGAUUGAAAGGCCGGCAGGGGCUCUGAGAGAGUUGUUGUGGUAUUAAGUGCAUCUGUACCCGUUUAACAUCCUUGUCGCUUUAUCCGAGUCCUGAAGACUUUCCAGCUCCCAAAGCAGAGAAGAAGAGAAGCGGCCACUGUGACUUGACAUACUUGAGAUUUCCGUGUUUUCCCAGCGACUGAAAACAAAUAACUUCGAAAACAAAAGUGAUGCUGUUUGAGUUCUUGCGAGGGUUUUGCUGCUAGUAACACCUGAACCAAGUGCCAUACUGCUUCUGGGAGAGAGGGAGAGAGAGGGGGGGGGCUCGUGAGAAAGUUGGAUACACAAAGGCAUAUGUACAAGGAAGAAAUGAUCAUUAAAUUAAACCACCAUGUUCUCGACAGCCAUUAAGUUAUAAGAGAAAAAAAAGUAAUAAUUUAUGAAGCAAGAAGUUUUGUACAGACUGUUUGAAGAAAUAAAAGAUUUUCAUAGAGAUAUCUAUAUGAGAGUUAAUUUUUUAUUUUUUUGUUUUACAUGUGCCACACACUUGCCAGUGGUAACUUGUAUGUCCGGUUCAAGAAAAGGAAAAAAAAUACUUCCUCUUUACUUUUGUUUUGUAGUGUUUGUUAAAGCCAAAAAAAUACUUUUUUCCAGUAGAUUGUUACUUAAGCUUUAUUUCUGUUCAAUUCUUUGAAAACCUUUGAAUAAAAACUUCAAUUGAA